AUCGGUCUCGCCUGUUCAAUAUUUCAGCUGUUUCUGCUUCGCUUAUCAGUAGGGUUUGUUUGAAUGAUGAUUUGUAUAAAACAACCAUGGAUUUCAUGAGUGAUUUGAUCAAGAAGUGUGAAGCUUUACCAACUGUUGAAACAGCUGGUACGGGUGGAUCGACCAACUGUGAGAGUGAUGUUCCAGUUCGAAAUGUGAAGGGGUUUAAGCCUAAG